AAAGCCAAGGCCGGCUCCACUUCGGCGCCGGGCGGGCCCCGCCUUCGAGGGGAACGCCUGGCGGCCGCCCCUCAUCAAAGCUCCGCCUCCCCCCACGUGGCCGCCUCGGGGAGGAGGAGCUGCCCCCUUCAGAGGAGCGGGACCUGGCCGGGCUGCCCCGGUCGCCUCUUCUGCUGCUUGCUUGGGAGAGGCUCCGUCUCCGCCCGUCCUGUGGCGCUCCCCGGGCCCCCGAUGCUGUCGCGGUCCUGCCUCUGAACGUCUCGCCUGCCCCUGGUGCCGUUCCCCGAAGCGCCGGCGGGGGGAGCAGCGGCCUUCGUCGGGGCUGGUCGGGAGAGAGAGCCGGGGCGGGGGGCGGGACGGCCCCCACGUUCCGGCGAGACGCGGCGGCCGCGGGAAGGAGGAUGGGGGCGAAUCAGCUGGUGGUCCUCAACGUGUACGACAUGCCUUUGAGUUUUGAAGACAACUAAAUUCUGGAAAACCCUCACACAGAAGGGAUCAUUUUUGUCUCAUAGAAGGAUUGGUACUGGAUGAAUGAAUACACCUCAUCCAUUGGAAUUGGAGUUUUCCAUUCAGGAAUAGAAGUGUAUGGUAGAGAAUUUGCUUAUGGUGGUCAUCCUUACCCCUUUUCUGGAAUAUUUGAAAUUUCCCCAGGAAAUGCUUCUGAACUAGGAGAAACAUUUAAAUUUAAAGAAGCUGUUGUUUUGGGAAGCACUGACUUCCUAGAAAAUGAUUUAGAAAAGAUUGUAGAAGAAUUGGGGAAAGAGUACAGAGGCAAUGCUUAUCAUUUGAUGCAUAAAAACUGCAAUCACUUUUCUUCAGCUUUAUCAGAGAUUCUUUGUGGGAAAGAGAUUCCUCGAUGGGUCAAUCGACUCGCCUACUUCAGCUCCUGUAUACCAUUCCUCCAAAGCUGCCUUCCCAAGGAAUGGCUUACUCCUGCAGCUCUUCAGUCUAGUGUCAGCCAGGAGCUCCAGGAUGAGCUGGAGGAAGCUGAGGAUGCAGCUGCGGCAGCCGUCGUGUCGAGUGCGUCAGCAAUGUCCAGACCUGGGCGCCACACUAAACUAUAAAUUUCUCCAAAGUAACCCAUUCAGAACUUUGUUUGGCAGUUGAAUUUCACUAGAGAGCAGCAAGAAGAGAGCAAACUUCUUUUUGGACAUUCCUUUUGUAUGCAACAAUAGCUCUUCCCCAAACCCCUAGUUUUUUCAGCUCAGGAUUAUAUUUGUAAUUUAAAAGAAUCACCUGACAAGAGGGAGGACUUUAUGUGAAGCCGUCCUCUGGUUUUUUUACCCACUUGUAAAUUUGGAUUUACUUCUGUUUUAUACAAGAUCUGUUGAGUUAUGUUUACAGUAUUUUAUAUUGCUGUUUACAAAUCUUGCAUGGACUCCUGCCACCAUGAAAGAAGAAAACCUUAAUGUCUUCAUAAAUUAGGCGGGUAAACUUUCUACACUUCCAACUGCUGCCAGAGCUGCGGCAUAAACAGCAGAAUACCAAGUACAUGAACAGGUACUUACACGGUUAUGGUCACCAUCACCUGCUUAAGAAUUGUGGUUUAAAAAAAAAAAAAAGAAUCAGAAUAGAAGGAACCCAAGAGAGCUGGGCUUGAGACAAGAGUACCUGUCAGUCAGGGGGCCUGGUCUGGUGCAAGGAAGGUGGGGGCAGGAAGAACAAUUCCUGAGGAGUGCUUUCAGCUCUCCAUUUCCCCCUGCCCGGUUCCCAAGAUAACACAUCUGCCAGGUUUCCAACAGCAGCUGGCUCUACUGCCCUUACUUUCUACCUGGUCACACUGUGCGCCAGGAAAGAGCUGUGUGUGUUUGGGACCUUGUCCAGUGUUCAAAGCUCCUCAUUUUUCUUACAGAUUGAUUGAUGAUCUUGCCAGUAACUGCACAUAUGUGAUGAAAGCUCAAUUUUAUUGUAAUGCAUAGUCAUUACUUAAACUGCAAAAGUGGUGGGGUUAUUUUUUUUUUCCUUGAACCUACUCAUUUGAAAUCUUGCCCACUUCAUAUUGUGCUUAAACGGAAGGUUGGGGAAUGUCUUGAGGGAUGUCCUGAAUGCCAGCAGUUUUAGUUUGCAAUCCAGAUUCUUACAACUAUUAAGGCUGUUAAUUUAUUGGGUUUACAUGGUCCAGAGCAGUAAAGUACCUGUUGGACUUCAGUUAGUUUCAGGCUUUGUAUACCAUAUCAGAAAGACAUGUGGUGACAUGGAGCAACUUAGAUGUCGCUCAGCUUUGUCCAGCCCCUCUCAUGGCUGUGUGCUGCCUUUGGUGGGUUAGGAGGGAUUUACAAUGCACAACCAUUUCAUCUCACUAGUAAAUGACCAUCGCACUCUCAGACAUUUUUUUGUUGACAGCAUAUUAAUGUUUCCAUUAGCUACAUUUAUUUUUUUCAGCAACAUUCAAGACUUUUUUUUUUGUCAUUUUAUAAUCUCUAAAGUGUCUAUUUAUGUAAAUCCAUCCACUUAAGAACCAAAUUGUGACAACAGAUAAUAAGCACAUGGUGUCAGAAAAUGUGUAACCUCCUAAAGGCCCCUGUGCCCAGGCAUCUGUAGUCCCAGUUUGGCCCUCCUCUGUAAAAAUCAUUCUUUUUACGUGUAAUAUUAACUUUUUCUGCCUUAACAAUGAAUUCCUGCAAUAAAAUUGAAUGAAAUUUAUAAA